AGAACGUUCACCUCGUUCGCAGCGACGCCACCACCUCGAGAGAAGCUGCUCCUGCUGCUGCUUCGUCUUCUUCUUCUUCUUCUUCGUGGCACGGGACAAUAUACAAGCCCAUAAGUAAAGAAAGGCCUGCGGUAACGACGGAUAGAUGCCGGUGCAGCGCGGAUGCCAAAUGCGGGCAGGCGUCGAGCAGGCGGCGGUGCUGUGGUAGGCAAUUGCACCUGCGAGGGUCUCAUUCAACGGGAACGUCGCCGUCGUGCGGCAGCAGCAGCAGCGGCGACAGCGGCGACAGCUGCGGCAGCGUCUUCCAGCUCGUCCGUCAUCGCUUACUCGACGAUGCCAGCAAUGGCCGAGAACGUCCUGGACGUCUCCUCGGUCUAUCACUCGACGGCUGUUCUCUCGUCCGAGGGCACCAGUUGCGGCUGUUUCGCCAGCAGGUCUGAACCCACCGCUGUGCUGAGGGAUGUCUCGGCCAGGGUAUUCGGAGGCGAAGUUCUCGCUGUGCUCGGCUCCAAGGGAUCUGGAAAACGUGCUCUGCUCGACGUCAUCGCCGGGCGAACAGCUCGCGGGGAGACGCGCGGCCGUAUAACCCUGAACGGGAGCCUCCUGACGCCCGAGCUGUUCCAGCGUCACGGCGCCUACGUCUCUCACCGAUGCCACCUGCUGCCCAGUCUCACGGUCCGGCAGACCCUGACCUACGCGACCUGGCUCGGGAACCUCGCCAGUCGGGAUGCUCGAGUUCGACAGACUCUGGCUGAUCUGGCCUUGUCGCAAGUGGCCAACAGGCCAGUCUCGGAUCUCACCAAGCCCGAGUACAGGAGGCUCAUGCUCGGGGUGCAGUUCGCCAAGGAUCCGUUGCUGCUUCUGCUGGACGAGCCGACCUGGGACACGGAUCCGUUGAAUACUUACCUCAUCGUCUCGAUGCUCUGGUCCUAUGCUACGAGGAGAGGCUCGAUAGUGCUGCUUACAAUGGAGACUCCGCGCUCGGACGUGCUACCCUUCGUGGCAAGAGUGACCUUGCUGUGCCUCGGGGCGGUCGUCUACUCCGGUCCCACCAGAAGCAUGCUCGACUACUUCACUUACGUGGGCUUCCCCUGUCCCGAGCUCGAGAAUCCGCUCAUGUACUACCUUUGCCUGUCAACGGUCGACCGGCGCUCGCGCGAUCGUUUCCUCGAGUCGAAUCAGCAGAUAUCGGUACUGGUGGAUAAGUUCAAGGACGAAGGCGGCAUUUUUCUAAAAGAAGCGCCAGCGUCAACCCUAGCUACCAGCCAGACCAAGGAGACGCAGAUGCAGACACCGACGUCGUCACUGGCACCUACGCCUAUUGGCAUGUCGCACAAAUCGCUGCAGAACCGCGGCAUCAAGCCUGGCUGCUUCUCCACUCUCUUCGCGCUCUACAUGAGGGGUCUCGCCGCUACGUUCGCCUGCAACAAGUCUGGCUUGAGUCACUUUGGCUCGAGAAUCUUCUUGCUGCCAUUCAUCCUCGCUCUUCUCAGCGUUCUUUACUCUCACUCGAAGAAGCAGCAGUCGAUGGUAUUCUUGCAGACUUCGGGUCUCGUGUUCAACGUUCUCACGCUCUUCUACUUCGCUGGUAUUGCAGUAACCGCUCUGCUGUUUCCUGGAUUCCGUGCGCGUUAUUAUCAAGAGAAGCGUGAAGGGCUAUACGGUGGAGCGAUGUUUAUCACCUCGUACACCAUGCUCACUUUACCGCUCAGUUUUCUCUCGACGAUAAUGAGCGUCGGCAUCUUGGUGCACAUCAUUGACCUUGAUGCGCUUCUGUGGAUCAAAGCGAGCGCUAUACUCUGGGCCUCGUUCGUCGCUACGGAACAGGUGACCGUUGCUGUACUGAUGCUCGUAAAACGGCCGAUGAGCGCAGCUAUCGCCGUGCUGUACAUCAUGCUUGUGACCCUGGUCGUGGCGUCCGGUAGCUUGCGGAGUAUAAGAAAUUUGCCAGAGUGGCUCGGAGUAGUUUCUACAGCUUUGCCAGGGCGAUACGCAUCGUUAGGAUUAAAUCAAUUGGCGAUGCAGAUGAGUAGUUUUAAAAAUUUAAACUACAAUGAUAGUAUCACUUGUCCUGGAAUUCAGGAGCUCUGUAGGUAUCCAGAUGGAGACACUUUUUUGAAGGAGCGAUUUAUGAGGGAAACGGAUAGAACUGAGCCAUUGGCUGUCAACUCAAAUUUGAUCAUCACCUUGGCUUUCUCGGUGGGUCUUGUGAUUUUAAACAGCGUUCUUUAUCUUUUGCCGCUACCCGCGACUGUCAAAGCCAAGUUCCGAGAGUAGAUGAUCAUGGUUGCAAUUGAAGUGAUUUUCGGGUAAUAUGCUUUAUCAAACACGAAUGAACUAUAUCGUGUUUUUUGGAAUUAAGUUCAAUCCAAGGUGCCUAUACAGUGCUUUUUAUGUAAAUCUAUUAGAAUGUAUUUUAUUUUAUAUUUCAAAUUAGAUAGUACGAUAUAUUUUAGGCGAAGGAUGUUGAAGCAUAAAGCUUAUUUUUAAUGAAGUGUAUUUUUUAAGGAUAUUUUAUAUAGAGACUAUUAUCAAUAAUUUAGAUAGAAUAAAACGUUAAUAUAGCAUAGCGCUUAUUUAUUGUAAACCGCAUAUGCACACGACAUAUGUACAUGUAAAAAAGUCGUACUCUGCAUUUAUUUUACAAUUUCACUCAAUAUCUGUGUAUGUACAUUAAAUCCCACGACGCGCUCUUAACAGGAAAAAAAAAAAACAAUGUUAUAACAAAAAAUCUUAUGAAUCUAUUACGUGAAAAUAAUUCCUU